AUGAGGGACUACUGCCUGCCCGCCGUGCCCCCCUGUGCCCGCAGGCUGAGGGCCUCCCGCACCGUGCGCUUCCCCAACGACGUCGUCUUCCAGGACCACAUCAGGGAGGGGGACCUGGAGCAGGUGGGCAGGUUCAUACGGGCCAGGAAAGUGGCUCUGGACACCAUCUACCCUUCUGGCAUGGCAGCCCUCCACGAAGCCGUUCUUACUGGAAACUUGAACUGUGUCAAGCUCCUGGUUAGAUAUGGUGCUGACAUCCACCAGAAAGAUGAAAAUGGGUGGACACCUCUGCACAUGGCCUGCAGUGACGGCUACGCUGACAUAGCCAGGUACCUCCUCUCCCUGGGCGCCAGCCUGGAGGCCACCACCGAUGACGGGGAGAAGCCCUCGGACCUCAUCGACCCCGAGUACAAGGACCUGGUGGAGCUCUUCCAGGCCACCACGAUGGGCUGA